CCAUAUUGAAUUUCAUAUUGACAGUUGUUCCAAAGAUUUUGCAUCCGAGGUACAAGAAAGUGAAAGGUAUUAAUGGAAUAAUCAGCGAUUUCAGGACAUUUGUCCUUGGUUGUGUUUCAACCAAGACAUGGACGAAGAUGAACGACAGAGGAAACUAGAUGCUGGAAGAGCAAAGCUUGCUAGCUUCCGACAGAAAAGGGCGAAAGGCGGCGGUCAAGUCGCGCAGAAAAAGACGCAGAAGAGGAAGGGCCCGUCUCCAACGCAGAAUGACGGCCCAGCACAAGGUCGCCCCCUAGGGAUGGACCUCCAGACAGACGACAACGCCACACAGCAGGACCGCAUGUGUAACCAUGAGGAACCACAAUGUUUUGGGGAGACAGAUCAGAGCCAUCUUCCAGAGGUCCAGUGGAGCCAGGGGCACUUGGAGCAACACCAUCCCCAGGAGGGAAGCAGUGUCCUGGGGAGGCAGGCGGUCAGUGGGCAUCCUGAGGAGAUAGUGGUUGUGGGAGAGGAGGUCCUAGUGGUUCGCACUGGAAAAGAUCAGCUCAAGCAGUUACAGGCAGCAGUAGAGAAACGUAAUGAGAUCAUCAGCAGACUGAGCUGUAACCUGCAGGAGGCGCUGGAGAGCAGAGACCAGGUACAGCAGGAGGCGUUCUCCCUUACUGGACAGAUACAGGCCCUGAAGAUGCAGCUACAGCAGACCUCUCAGUUCUUUCGAUCCAGGACCCAGUGGGGCUCAGAGCUCUCCCUAGCCCAGCGACAGGCCUCCCGGCCUGGCCACAGCUCCCACAACCUUCCCUCACUCCCCAACCACCUGGAGGUCCCAGUAACAGAACCAGGGAACCAAAUACGCACACUCAGAAUGGAACAUGAACAGACUGGAGCUGGGUGUGUGAGCCCAGAACAAUGUAUUGAUCCUGAGAUGGAUGUACUGAUGCACACAUUGAGGAGAGAGCUGCUAGAGGAGAGAGAGAAAAACCAGCUCAUUCUUUCCCAACUAGAAGAGGAGAGGAAAGGGAGGGAGGAGGAGAGGAGAGAGAUACACCAGUACACGGAGGAGAAGGAGGUGUUGAAUAGGGAAUUGCAUGAGCUAAGGAGGAGACUGGAGGAGGAGAGGGAGAGAAGGAACGAGAGGGAGGAUGAGCGAGAGUUCAGGGAAAGACGGGAAGAGGAGAAGAGGAGACAUGGAGAGGAGGUGCAGAGAGUCCGACAGCUGUUGGAGGAGAGAGGGAGAACGAGAGAGGAGUUGGGAUUCAAAGCUUCUAAACACAAACUGAACCAGGCUAAGGCUAGUGUGGAGGAGGAUGGAGAGAGGGAGGAGGAGAGAGAGGAGUGCCUUCUGGACCUGUCCCUCCCCACUGAUGGCACCCCGCUGUUGGAGUGCUACCUGUCCUCGGCCCUCCCCUCACACACACACUUGUCCUGGGCCGAUGAAACUCUGGAGGAGUGCAGCCUUCUGGAAGAGCACAACCUGCUGGACAACUCUGGCAGCUACAGGUUUGAGCUGGACAGUGACAUCAUCAGCGGUGGUGACCAAUCCCAGCUGUCCUUUUCGCAGGAAGAACAGACUCACUUUUCUGUCCCACAAUCCACUGCACAGUCCCCCCACCCCGACCCUGAGAACGAAACAUUGCCCUCUUUCGCCUCCCAGUGGCAGAACGACCCCCUCUCUGUCUCUCGAGACGCCAGCGAGACCUCUGAGAGACUCCGUGAGACGUCGGAGAGUCAGGAGGUCUCAGACCUGGGCAAGGAGCUGCUCAUCCAGCAGUGUGGAGACCUCAGCGAGGAGGUGACUCUGAGGGAGAAGGAGAAGGAGGUGGUGAUGGAGGAGUUGAGGAGGAGCGCUGAGGAGCUGGAGGAGGCCAGGGCCAGGUGGGUGCAGGUCUCCGAGGAGCUGCAGGAUGCGCACUGGGAGCUUGAGGAGGAGCGAGAGAAGAGGAGGAGAGCUGAGGAGGAGGUCAGCCUGAAAGCACACAAGGAGGACAAUCUGAAGAACAGACUCUGCACCUUAGUGGAGGAGAGAGAGAAAGAGAUGGAGAGACUCAACUCCUCUCCUCUCCUAGAGAAGGAGGGAGGUACCCUCCCCAGCCAGGAACGAGUGAUGGAACAGCUAAAAGCGGAGAAAUCUCUCCUCCUCGCUCGUCUAAAACAGCAGGAGGAGCUGCUCUCCUCUGUCCGGUUUGAGAAAGGAAGCAACAAGGAGAAAGAGGGGGAGCCGAGGGAGGUGGAGGAGGAGAAGAGUGUCCUCUUCUCCAGGUUGAGGCAGCAGGAGCAGCUGGUCUCCUCUCUGCUGGAGGUGAAACAGGCAGGAGACUCUGUCUCCUCUGAAGUCUAUGCUCUGUUUGGACGACAGCUACAGUCACUACAGACCCAUCGUGACCAGCUUCUAGCCCUGCUGGAAGAAACUAAAUCCAGGCACAAAACCACCAACGCCCUCCUCAGUCAGAAAACCCUGGAGCUUGACAACGCUCAAAAAGAGAUGGACAGAGUCCAGAAGGAGGCGGAGACAGCGAAGCAGGAGGCGGAGACAGCGAAGCAGGAGGCGGAGGACAGGGAGAGGAGGAUAGAGCAGACUGAGAGGGAGAAAACUGGGGUAGAGUCUGAGUUGCUGUGUUUGAGACAGAAUCUGUGGAACCUGGAGGAGCUGCAGGGCCAGGGAGUGAGAGAGAGGGAGGAGGGCAGAAGGAGAGAGGAGGAGAUGGACAGAACCACACGGAGGAUGGAGAAGCUGAUGGCGGAGGAGCUGGAGGAGUUCCAGAGACAGCUCCGAACCAAGGAGGAAGAGGUGGAGGAGGAGAGGGAGAAGUGGGAGGUGGAGAGGCAGGAGAAGGACGCGGAGGUGCAGGGGGUGAGACGCCUGCUGGAGGAGCAGCGGAGAGAGAGGGAGCAGGAGGUGAAAGCGCUCCUGGAGCAGCAGAUGCGGUCUGUGGAGGAGGCCACAGAGAGACUGAGAAGAUCUCACAGUGAGGACGUGCAGGAGCUGCAGGAGAAACACCAGGAGGAGGUGUCUGAGCUGAGCAGCCGUCUGGAGAGAGAGCUGUGUGAGCAGAGACACAGUCUGGAGGAGGAGCAGAAGAGACAGAUCAGCCUUAUCAAAGAGGUGAACGAGAGAGAACACCAGAGGAUGCUGUUGGAGAUGAUGUCACAGCAGAGGGAGGAGCUUAGCCGUUUGAAGGCAGAGCUAUCAGGGGAACAGAGGGAGAGCAUGGAGGCAGCCCACCAAGCAGAACUACUGCAGAUACAGAGCCAACAGGCCCUGGAGCUGGAGGCGCUGCGUCUGAGCCUGACCAACCACCAAACGACCCAGCUAGAGCUCUCCCAGGCCAACCUGCAGCGGGAGCGGGAGGCCUCUCUAAGCGAGCUCCAGGCUUCCCUCAGGGAGAAGUGGGCCCAGGAGAGGGCCGUGCUGCAGGCCAGACAGCAGUUUGAGGUGGAGAGGCUGAGAGCUGAGUGUGAGGAGAGGAUCCAGCGAGAGCAGCAGGAGUAUCAGAGGAACACGGAUGCUCUGAGGCAGGAGUGUGAGAGUCGUCUCUCCCAGGAGAGAGCGUCCAUGGAGGAGCGGCAGGCUACAGAAAUAGUGGCCUUGAGGUCCCGGUGGCAGCAGGAGUCAGAGAAGGCCCAGUCAGAGCUCCAGACACAUCUGUCAGAGGCUCGGGUAUCACUCUCUUCUACCCAGGCAGCCUUCACCCAGACUGGGGCAGAUCUGUCCGAGGCCCAGGCUAGCCUGGAGGAGCUCCAGAGGCUGGAGGGGGAGCUGAACCAGGCCUGGACUGACAGGGACGCUGCUGCCCGUGCAGUAGAGGAUCUGGUGUCCAGACAUCAAGUGGUGUUGCAGGAGAGAGAGGAGAAAACACGGCAGCUACAGCAGGAGGUGUGUCGUCUGCAUGGGGAGCAGGUGACUCUGAGACAGACUUGUGACCAGGAGGUCUCUCAGCUCUGGGCUCAACUAGACAACAUGAGGACCAGCCGCCAGGAACUGGGAGAGUUGAAGGAGCAGCUGCUAGCUCGUUCGUCGCGGGUGGAUGACAUCGAGCGUCUGAAGGUGGAGUUUAACGAGCAGAGGCGGGAGAUCAAUGAGCAGAACGAAGUCGAGCUGGAGAACCUGAGGAGGUACUUUGAGCAGCGUCUGCGAGUAGCAGAGGAGAGCUACCGAGAGGAGAUAGCCCUGCUGCAGCUGAGACUGGUGGAGGGAGCCCUGGAGGACUCUGUACUCAAGACCCAGGAUGCUAGUUUCCUGUGUGAAGGGAGAGGGGAGGAGGAGAAGAACGAUGCUCUGGCUGAGAUCACACUGAAACUGGAGAAACACCAGGAGGCGUUUGACCAGCUGCGUAUCCAGUUGGAGGAGAGACACACUCAGGAACUGUCUAACCUACGGUCCUCUAUGGCCCUGUCCUACAGAGAGGAGCUGCUACAGGUGCGUUUGGACCUGACUGAUCGUUACUAUGGCGACCUGCAGGAGCUGAAGACUCGCCACGCCCUCGAGUUGGAACAACUCCGCGCUAAAGUGUCAGACAGCCAUGUCAGAGAGCUGACGAGAGUGCGCCUGGAGGCUGCCAGACAGGUGGAGGUGGAGGUGGAGCAUAGGAUGUGGUGUCACUCUGAGGAGCUGCAGACCAGAACGACCAUGAUCCAGAACCUGGAAACACAACUGGCUGCUGUGGCAGACACACACAACAUGGAGCUACGCUCACACACUAUAAAGCUGAAGCAGAGCGUUGCUGAGGAGCUGGGUGUGAAACUAGCAGAGGAACGUAAGGAGCAGAGGGAGCGAGAGAUGGAGGAGAUGACCUUGAGGAGAGUGGAGGAGGUGCAGAGGCUCAGACAGGAGCUCCAGGAGGAGGGGGAGGCACGGGUCUCUGCCCUGAGAGAGGAGCUGGAGAAAGGGAUGGCGGAGGAAAGGAGAGCUCUGGAGAAAGGGAUUGAGGAGGCGAGAGCGGCGCUCAUAAGUCUACAAGCCUCACUGGACAACGACCAGAACCCCCAGGCGGUGGCAGUGAGACAGAGACUAGAGUUCCAGUACGAAGCUGAGCUGGCCAGGGCCAAGUCCACCAUGGCUGCUGAGGUCGAGGAGCUGACCGCUCUGCUUCAGGAGCAGGGAGACCAGAGGCUACGCCAAGCCCAGGACAGGUUCCAGGAGGAGAGGGGGGAGUUGGAGCAACGUCUGGCCCAGAAGGGUGAGGUUUCUCUCGGGGAGCUGAGUAAGGAACACAUGGCCGCUAUGGAACUCCUGAAAACCACGCUACUGACCAACCACACGAAGGACAUGGACACACUACGAACCAAUCACAAAGCAGAACUGGAGUCCUUGUUGGCCAAUCACAAGGCUGAGCUCAAAGCAAUGGCAACAGAGAUGGCAACAAAACACAAGGAGGAGCUUGUUGUCUUGGAAACCAGCCUUGAAUCAAAACGCAAAGCAGAGCUCGAUCUCCUGGAGGCAGUCCUACAGGAAACCAAUCAGGCUCAGCUAGAGGGACAGGAGGCGGAGUUAGAACACUGGCAUCAGGAAGAGAGGGAGGAGCUGGAGAAGAGGAUGCUGGGUAAUAUGGACACACUGGAGACCACGUACCUGAGGGAGAUCCAGACUCUGCGCGAUCAGAAGUCUGCGCUUGAGGCGGAGCAUAUGCAGGAAGUGGAGUGUGAAAGGUCAAGGCUUAACCAGAAAGUGGAGCGUGAUGGGUUGGAGCAGCAGUCCGUCAUGGAGGAGCUAAGGAAGAAGCUGGCUCAGCUUCACAUGGAGAAGUUUAGCGCCAUGGCAACAGAGCUCAGCCACACCCACCAGAAUGAGUUGACAAUCCAGAAAGAGGCCUUAGAAGCUCAGUUGUCUGUCCAGAGAGAGGCCUUAGAAGCUGAGCACCACAUGGCUCUGGAGGCCCUCAGGAAAAAAGUCUUGGAGUUGGCGCAACAGCACUGUACCGCCUUAGAGGAGCUCACACGCACCUACACCUCAGAGACACAGCAACUCAACACACAGCACCAGCAGCAGCUUCAGGAGCGAAAGAGUGCGUCUGCGAGAGCGCUACAGGCGUGUCGCCAGGAGCUGGAGGAGUCAUUGUCACAGCAACGGCUGCACUUCCUGGAAGAGGUUGAGCUUCUGAAGGCCCAAGCAGAGCGGAGACUUCAGCACAACAUCAUCCAACUGAAGGCGGAGUUUGAGGAGCAGAAGGAGGCGGAGCUAGCAGAACAGAGGCAGAGCUUCAUGUCUGAGCACGAGCAGAAGGAACAAAGCUACACCAAAAAGAUGAGCCAGCUCACUGCACAACUGCUACAGCUGGACACUGUGGUGUCACAGCUGCGAGCGGAGGUGGGUAAUCUACAGAGGGAGUUGGAGGGGAAGAGGUCAGAGAUGGAGACCCUGGAUACACUCCUCCAACGGCGAGAACGAGAGAGUCAGGAGGGAGGCAACCUCCUCAACAUGCUUACUGAGGACCUACACACUGCCAAGGAGGAGAGGCACACUCUCCAGUCAGCCAAUGAGAGGCUAAAGAAGGUUCUGAUUGAGGUGGUUCUGAGCACCAUGGCAAUGGAGGAGCUAAUUGGCCGCCGGGUCAACGCCUGUGUCGGGGUCAGAGGUCAUGAUCAGGGUGAGAGGCCAGACAUGGCGACAGGUGAUCUAGAUCUCUCUCAGCGUGUGUGUGUGAGCCUUCUACUGACAGAGUCCCAAACAAACUCUGGAGGAGAGGAAGCAGCCCUGGGAGAGGAAGCAGCCCUGGGAGCCUGCAGCCAACUACGCCACUCUGUGGACACACUCCUGCAGCUCCUCACACACGCUAGCACACAGUUGGAGGAGUCUUGUUCUGUCCAUCUGUCUCUGGAGGAGAGAUUUUCCCAGGGCCGUUCAGACUCCUCCCAGAUGCUGCUCCAACACCAGCUCGUAUUGGAUCAGCUGGACCAGGAAGCGGGGCUAAAGAGCAAGCUCCAGCUGGAACUCCACAAGGCCGAGGGUCUGUUGGAGGGCUAUGUGGCUGAGAAGGCUACUCUGGAAGAAUCUCUACAACAAAAGGAGGUUCAGGAAGAACGGCUUGUUGAGGAGCUGGAGGGCCUCCGGGCGCAGCUGCACCAGAAGGAAGCCCUCACCUCUGAGCUGGAGGACCUCAGGGUGCAGUUGCAGGAGCUCAGCGAGGAGCACAGUCUCCUCCAGCGCCAGAAGGUCCAUCUCACCGCCGGACUGGGAGAGAGAGAAAAGGGACUCCUCGUUGAGGCAGAUCGUCUGGCCCAGGAGAGGCUGUGUGUGCAGCGGCAGGCGGAGAAAGACCGCAGCUCACUGUCUCUGCGCCUCAGGGUUCUGGAGACCGAGCUAGAGGAACAGGAGAACCAGGGCCUCACGGCGGAGCAGCAGCACAGGGCUCAAUCAGAGGACUUCCAGCAGCGUGUCCAGGCCCUCGAGAAACAGCUCAAACACAACAGGCAGUUUAUAGACGAGCAGGCAGUGGAGCGGGAGCAUGAGAGGGAUGAUUUCCAACAGGAGAUCAGAAAUCUGGAGGCUCAGCUCAGCCAGCCAGCCAGACACACUGCUGGGGCCAGCAAGGGCCAGCGGAUUGAGGACUUGGUUCUGCAGGUGGAGAGCCUUCAAGCCCUCAUCAGGGACAAGACAGAAGACCACACCUCCCUGCUGGCAGCCAAUCAACAGGUCCAGCUCGAGGUUGCUGAACGCAAUGAGGAGAUUGACAAGCUGGCUGGGCGAAUUAGGGAGCUGGAACAGGCGUUGCUAAGCAGCUCCGAGAGCAGCAGAGCUGUCAGUCAACUGGAGCAGGAGCUGCACAGAACUCGGCAGAGAGAAGAGGAGCUCACACAGGAUAAGGAGUCAUUGCAGCAGCAGCAGUUGUCAAAUCGUCUCCAGAUUUCAGCGCUGCAGUCUAAACUGGACGAGACCCGUCACUGUUACCGUGACAAUGCUAGCACCCCCGACCCCAUCCAGCUUCUCCGAGACACGUUGGACACGGCACAGCAAGACCUGCAGGACAAGGAGCAACAGGUGUGUGUGUUGGUUGGUCAAAUGGAGGAGACUCAGAGAGACCUGACCAUAAAAGAGGCGGAGUUAAAACACCUCACACUCCAGCUGGAGCUCCUGACCAAUCAGAACACAGAUACCAUCACCCAGCUUCACGACCAAGUCACUUCUCUCCAAGAGACAGUUUCAGACCUUACCUUUCGCCUGGAGGAGAGAGAGAUAGAGGAGAAAGAGGAGGAGAGUCUCCCAUCUGCUCUGUUAGAGGAGAAGAAUGACGAGAUAGACCACCUGACCCAGGAGGUACACAAGUUGGAACUGGAGCUGGACACAGCCAGGGACAUCACGGCCUUCCAGACAGAACUUGAAGACCUCCGCUCCCAGGUGGAGCACCUCCGCUGUGACAUCAUGAGGGUGCGUCAGGACAAGCAGGAAGAGGAGGAGCGGCUUCACGAGGUCAUCAGCACGCUACAGGCGGAGCUAAACACCCUUGGCCCCGCCUACCACGAGGUCAGCGACCUAUCACAAGAGGGCGACAGUGUUAACCCUUCGCCUGCUCCCAGCCCGGAACCUGCCAACUACCCCCAACCAGAGAGAGGAGGACCGAGAGGAGAGGGCGACAGUCUUAAGCAGGAGAUGCGUCUCCACUCCUCUUCUCAUUCUCGUUCUCUCCGUUCUCGUGUGGAGGCCCUGCAGGGGCAGCUGGAGGUGACGGUGGGAGAGAAGGAGGCGAUGGAGAGACUGCUGCUCUCUCAGGAGGAAGAGUACAGAGGACAGGGGGAGGAGCUGGGGAGGAGGCUCAGGGAAGAGCGGGAGAGAGGGGAUGAGGUAAAGAGAGAACUUAAUCUAAAAGAGUCUGAACUUGAAGAGGUGAGAGCCAGGAAAGAAGGGCUGGAGGAGGAGAGGGAUGCAGCUGUGGAGGAGAGUGGUCGCUGGCAGGCUCUUGCCCAGGAGACUAACUCCCUGCGAGGGGAGAAAACUCGGCUAGACUCCCUGGUCCUGGAGCUAAAAUCAAGGGUUGAAGAGCGGGAGAAAGAGACUGAAGCCCUUCUACAGACCGUGGUGGCUGUCGAGACAGCGAAGGCUGAACUUUCGUCAGAACGCGAGGCCCUGCGGAAGAAGGAGUGCAGACUCCAAGAGGAAAUAGAACGCCUCCAGCAGGAAGUGACCUCUCAGAGGGCCUGCCUCCAGGAAGUCAGCCGUCAACUAGAGGAGAGGCGAGCCAACCAGGAGGAGGCUCAGAAGGAAGUGCUGACGUGUGCUGAGGAGACUCUGGCGAAGGCUGACGCUGCCCUGAGACAGAGGGAGGAGGAGCUACAGAGACUAGGGGCGGAGCAUCAAGCCCUGGGGACAGAGUUAGCAGCUGUGAAGGAGGGUCUUUGCUCCAGCACAGAGAGAGCUGAGAAACUACUGGAGGAGGGACAGACCAAGGACCGGGCCCUGGCUGACCUGGAAACCAAUAACCAGCAUCUGAAAGCGGAGCUCCGGGGCCUACAGGAAGACCUGGCCGUGCAGGAAGAGGAGCUAGCCUAUCAGCAAGGAGAACUGCUGCAGCUCAGACAGACCUGCAACCCGCACAACAGACAGACACACUCAUUGAAGGACGUCACGCCCAGAGGAUUCCAGGACGGUGUGUCUCACAACGGGUCCCUGAGUUCUCCCGAGGUUCUCCGUCGACUGGAUUGUUCUGAGGAGAGAACCAGAGAGGACAGGUUCCACCCCUCUGUUCUCCACGGUUCUAGACUGUCUGACCUCAGUGCUUUAAACGGCACAGGCCUGGAGCUCCAGGCUAAAGCCUCCCCCAGGGGAAGGCAAGAGCAGUCCUGCCCAGGGACAAUAAGCCCAGAGCUGGGCACACACAGCACCCACUCCCCUGGGUCCAUUUCUGCCUCGGACAACCUCUCCAUGUUGGACUCAAUGGACGCUGACAAGGUGCAUGAGCUGGAAGCCCUGGACCUGACGGCCCCUGCCUCAUCUCUUGGCUCCGCCUCUUCUCUGUCUGCAACGGACUGGGCCAGUGAUGGAUAUGGCAGCAAUGUCAGUUCAGAGCUCGGUGUAAGACUCAAGGUAGAGUUGGAGCAGACCGAGAGGCUGGACGCACAGUUCUUGGAGUACCUGCGUUGUCGAGGCAUGAACCCCGCAACCAACACACACACAGGCAGCGCCGCCGGGAUUAUGAGCUACAACGACGAACUGUUGUCUCCUGAACUACAGGGUGUGUUGAAGAGAGUGUACCAGGAGAGUUGCAGGGUUCUCGCCCUCUCCCAGCGUAACGCCCCCUCUAACCACCUCUCAUUGGACCAGACGAUCUGUCAGUUAAACUCUAAAGCUCCUCCAAUGAGUUGGGAGCAGGAGCAGAGGGCGUUACAGGAAACUGUCAUCGCUCUGAGAGAACUGCUCUGUCGGAUGGCACAAAGACCGGAGAACUCGUUGGAUGCUGGUUGGAGCAGAGGGCUGCAGGCUGCAGUAAGGGGUGUGUUUGACUCUGAGAGGGCAGGGCUUCGCUCUGAGCUGCAGGCCUUUCUCUCCUCCCACCCUGAGAUGGACUCCAUCCACCUGCUCCGUCAGCUGGAAAUACUGCUACAGAGACAGGAGGAGCAGCAGUGUGUUGUGGAGCGUCUGCUCUCUGCAGACAGACACGCUCUGCAGCUGCAGCACUCCCAGGGGGAGGAGUCAUCUAAAGGGGAGGUGUUAUCCAGGCUGAGGGCGGAACUAGAAGAGAGCAGAGAGCAACUUCACUCCUCCCACAGCACCCAGCAGGAACUACAGAACGAGAUCUGCAAACUCGGACUGUGUAUAGAGGACUGUGAGGAGGCUGUAAGGAUGGAGCAGACCAGAGUCCAGGAGCUACAGCAGGAGCUGGACCAGGAGAGAACUCUCACACACCUCCGGGAGAAGGAAGAGGAGCAGCAGAGAUCAGAGGUCGUGACCCUGAGGGGUCAGUUGGACCAGGAGAGGACGACCUCUAGUAACCUCCGACAGGAACUCCAGAUAGAACUCUCCCGCGGCCACCUCCUCCAAUCACAGCUCGACACACGGCUAGCCGAUGCCCACAAAGAGCUGGAGGAGGAGUGUGCCCGUUCCGCCCGGCAACUCGACACUUUCCAGUCACAGGAAAAGAGUCGGCUGGAACACUUCCUGAAAGAGGCUGAGUCCCGCCUAGCCGACGCCCACGUGAAUGAACUGGAGGAGGAACGCGAGCGCUCCGCCUGGCGUCUCGAUGACAUCACACGCAGACAAGAAGCGGACGCGUCCCGAGACAGGAAGUUCAUCUCGGAGCUCCGCUCUCAACUGGAGCAGGAGAGGAGGCAGGGGGAGGAGCUAGCCACCGUGACAGACGGGCUGAGGGCGGAACUUCUGCAGAAACGGAGGAGAGUAGAGGAGGAAGAGAGGAAGAGGAGAGAGGAGGCACAGAGAGAUCAGGAUGCUGCAGCCCGUCUCCGAGUUACUAUGGAGACACUCAAGGAGCAGAAGCAGGAGGCUAGUCGAGCAUUGGAGACGGAGAGAGAGCGUUCUGGUCGCUUAGGGGCGGAGCUCAAAGUGCUGAGGGAGAGGCUUCGAUCGGUCAAUGACGAGGAGAGGGAGCGGGAGGAACAGAGGGAGAGGGAGAGGAGGAAGGAGAGACAGGAGCAGACGGUGAGAGAGAGGCGACACGAGAGAACCAGCAACAAACUGUGUGAAUUGGAGUUAUUGCGGCAGCAGGACCAGCAGAGGAUGAGAGAUCUCCAGCAGACUCUGGCUGAGCUAGAGAGGGAGGAGAGAGAGAUGGCCACAGAGAGACUGUCCAACCGACACCAGUACAACUCCAGCCUACUCCAACCCAAGAAUAACACCUUGACUGGGCCAGACCAGACCAGCACAGCCCUAUACAACCACCAGUCUUCCUCUUCUUCCUCGGCGCUGGGGGAGAGGUUGUCGAGGGAGAACUCUGACCUGACGGCCCGCGUGAAGGAGCUGAGUCAGGAGACAGUUAACCUGAAACACACCCUGUCCUGUCUGGAACGACAGCUACGACAGGCAGAGACUGAGAUCCGGCCCAGCACUGACCUCAGCAACAGCAAGCGACUGUAUGAGCGCUAUCUACGGGCUGAGAGCUUUAGGAAGUCUCUGGUCUACCAGAAGCGCUACCUUCUGCUGCUGCUGGGGGGCUUUCAGGACUGUGAACAGGCAACUCUCUGUCUUAUUGCUCGGAUGGGGGCGCACCCCUCGCCCCCCCACGCCCACACACACUCUCCCCUCUCACGCUUCAGAGCUGCAGUACGAGCUGUCCUCGCCAUCUCACGACUGAAGUUCCUGACCAGGAAGUGGCAGAGAGUCGUCAGGAGAGGAGUUACAACUGUCACUGUCAACGGACACAGCACAGCUUCCAGGACUGAGGUUUUGAGGCAGCAGCAGCCACUGGCCAAUCACAACUCCUCUCCACCUACUAGAGACAGCAGCCCCACCUGUAAGGGUGUUGUCUCACCAAUGAAAUCACCCUUCAGGCUGCAAAACCGAGUGUAUUCCAACCCGGUCCUGUCCUCUGAGCGUGCUCCGUCCAGUGUUCUGUCCCAGGAUGCCGAGCGGUCUCUGACAGACUACAUCCACCACCUGGAGAAUGUACAGCAACGCCUGGGGGCUGCACGUCCAGACUCUUCAUCUCUUCUCUCCUACCACAAGAAGUCUGACUGCUGAAGGAAGGAAUGAAGCAAUGUAUGAAUGCCUCCUUUCAAUGCAACAUAUUUAUGAUCCAUCUUUGUUUUCAAAUAUACAAGGGAAUGUGUUUGUCUAGUAUCUGAUUUAUAAAGUUUUUUUUUUAAAAGACGAAUAAAUAAAUAAAAAACGAUUAUUUUUUCCACAGAUAUUUCUGUCGGCCUCCGAGUAAAUCCUAAGAGGUCUUCUCACCCGAAUGCAUGUGUUUUUGAAAGUAUUAGAUCGAUAUUUUUCUACCUGACCUUUAUUCAAGUUUGUAUCUGAUUCUGUAUAUAUGUUCGCUGUUAAUAUUUGUUAAAGUUUCAUAUGUGGAUAAAUGUGUCAAGUUUCACACUGGAAUUCUGAGCUAGAUCAAAGCUGGUGAACAUGUUUUGUCAAUGAUUUUAAUUUAAAAAAAAUUAAAGAUACCAUUUCUACAAAAUCAAUAAAUAUUUGAAUUGUGUGAUUA